AGGGGUAGACGGCUAUGCACCUCCAUCACCUUCUUUCACGUACCCUUGUUCUAACCUCUCCGUAGUUAUUUUGUGGUUAAAUUAAAUUGCUCUUCAGGCUGAUCUCUGGCAUCAUUACCCGGUCGAGACAUAGCUAACUGUAUUACACGAAAGAAGAACAGAGUUCAUCGCACCAUGGAUUCUUUCGAAACAUCCACACGGAUGCGAUCUGAUGAAGAGAUGUUUUCCGACGAUGUUACAAUGGUGACGGGACUGGAUAACUGGACCACUGGUCUCUCUCCUCCACCUCCUCCUCCUCCUCACAUCGCAGCCUUGAAACAAGCCAAUAAGAUCACGUUGAUCGUAAUCCUAGUCUUCCUGAUGCUUGCCAUGGGUUGUGUAGUCCAACCUAGAGAUUUCAAAGAAGUGUUCCGUGUUCCGAAGAGCGUAUUGAUCGGAAUGUUAUGCCAGUUCCUCCUGAUGCCCCUGUCUGCUUUCUGCCUCGCUCUCGCCCUCUCCUUACCCACUCCCAUGUCGUUAGGGGUGCUCAUCAUGUCGUGCUGCCCCGGAGGAACCGUCUCCAACCUCUUUGCUUUCUGGACCAAAGGAGAUAUAUGUCUCAGUAUCAGCAUGACCACCAUCUCAACCUUAGCUGCCAUUGGGUUAAUGCCCCUGAACCUGUUCAUCUAUAGUCGAAGGUGGACUGAUGAUAAUGCGGUCAUUCCCUUCGUGAGUAUCGUCACGGCGCUUGUCUCUAUCGUGAUCCCUGUCGCGAUUGGGAUGGUUAUCCGAUGGAAGAGAGAGCAGUGGACAUCGUUCAUCUCAAAGGCUGCGAGCAUCUUGGGUUUCCUUGGAAUAGCCACCAGCGUCACCCUCACGGCAAUCAUCAACCCCGGCAUGUACUUGGUCUCCUGGCAGGUCUGGUUCUGCGUCCUCACCCUCCCUGCCCUGGGCGCCGCCCUCGGGUAUCUCAUCUCCUGGGCUCUCCGUCGUUCCCCGCAGCAUUGCCGUACCAUCGCCUACGAGACGGGUUUCCAGAACGUCUCUCUGGCUAUGACCCUGAUCGUCCUGACGUUCGACGGCUCUCCCAUCAUGUUCGAGGUCUUCACCUAUCCGUCGCUCUACGGUCCUAUCAUGAUGAUAGAAGGACUCUUCAGUGUGGCUGUUUACAAGGCGGUGGUCAGGUACACGAAGUCCAGUACCAAGGAUGGUAGACCUGUCACUGACUUGGACUCGAAGAAGAAAGAUUUUAACUCCGGAGACGAAUAUUCUGCUCACGAUUCUGAAAUUUAGAAGAAACGAACAGACGCAAGAACUUGAUAAGCCAUUUUUGCAAUGUAACCAAAUUUAAUGCAUACGUCUUUGUGAAGUUCCUUGAUACGAAUGAUUUCUUCCAUUCACCCAUCACCGAUAAUUGUAUUUCAAUAAUCAGAAUGCAAAAUGCUUAUAUUACGUAUUGUUAGGUAGGGUAAGACAUAAUGUUUGUCCCACCUAGCAACAAAAUGAUGUAUGCAAUUGUCAUGUUGACUA